CGACAGGCCAAGUUCCGCCCUUCGCAACACGUGUGCGCGUCUACGUGACGACACCGUGUGCGAUACCUUGCCAACCUUCACCGACGCCUGCUACGUUGACACUCAUCUCCAUGGUCUCCCUGCGCAUGUCAUCGUCCGCUUUGCACCGCCGUUCUGCCUCGAUCUAAAGCAAAGAUGCACGCUGCAAUGCUCAAAUUCACGAUUCUCGCGGUUGCACUCAUGGCUGGCCAUGUAGCUGCUUUCGUUCGCUGUGGUUGUCCCGUUCAACCGCCCAUGAAUGCGCAGGCCUUUCACGAUCUACGCAUCUUUGCCUCUGGCACCACUUUUGACUACCAAGCAAAAGAAAUCGAUAUCUCGGACUGUCUUGAUGACACCAAGCCCGAUGAUACUGCAACGAAUCAUGUCAAGAUUGAGUGCGACACUAUGCACAAAGGCCAGAAAGCCAUGCGUUGUGGCCAGAUGGCCGAUUCGCUCCGUGCUGUCGUCACCAUGAAGAACUCUGCUGGUCAGAAAGUUCUUGCACAGUGCUGCUCGGCUUACCCGUGUCGUGGUGGUCAGAAAGUUGACACGACGACUCCACCGGCCAACACACAGCCGCCACCAGUGAACGAGCAGCCUCCGCCUGCCGUUCACAAGUCUAGCUCAAAGCAGUGCAAGAAGCAUUAGACCCUAGCUUUACCAUGCAUCUUUUGCGUCGUGUGCGUUCUUCAGACAUGCAUGGCCUGUGCCUCCGCGAGGUGUGACUGCAAUUC